GAGCGGCCGGGGCGCGGCGCGGCGCGGGGACGCGCACAGGCCUGGCGGCGGCGGGACCAGGAGCUGCUCCCAGAGAAUUGGGAGGUGGAGCUGGAGCUGACCAACCCGAGGAGCUGGCUGACCCAAACCCCAGCUUAACCUGAGCACUGACUAGCGCUGGCUAGUUAGUGUUGGGGAAGCGGCAGCUACAGCUUCUGUUCGCCACUGCCUCGCACCUUCUGCUGGGGUCAGCAUGGAGCCCGGUGGUGCCUCCGUCCCUGCUGCCUUGCCGUACUACGUGGCCUUCUCCCAGCUGCUGGGCCUCACCGUGGUGGCUGUGACUGGUGCAUGGCUGGGUCUGUACCGAGGUGGCAUUGCCUGGGACAGCUCGCUGCAGUUUAAUGUGCACCCACUCUGCAUGGUCAUAGGCAUGAUCUUCUUGCAAGGAGAUGCUCUCCUGGUGUACCGUGUCUUCAGAAAAGAAGCCAAACGCACGACCAAGAUCCUGCACGGGCUGCUUCAUGUCGUUGCUUUCAUCAUCGCCCUGGUGGGCUUGGUGGCCGUGUUCGACUAUCACAGGAAGAAUCACUAUCCAGACCUGUACAGCUUGCACAGCUGGUGUGGGAUCUUAGUCUUUGUUCUUUAUUUUGUACAGUGGCUAGUGGGUUUCAGCUUCUUCCUGUUCCCCGGAGCUUCGUUCUCUCUGCGGAGCCGGUACCGCCCACAGCACAUAUUUUAUGGUGCCACCAUCUUCCUUCUUUCUGUGGGCACAGCCCUCCUGGGCCUGAAGGAGGUGCUGCUGUUCAAACUGGGGUCCAAGUACAGCAAGUUCGAACCCGAGGGGGUCCUGGCCAACGUCCUGGGCCUGCUGCUGGUCUGUUUUGGGGUGGUUGUGCUCUACAUCUUGGCUCAAGCUGACUGGAAGCGGCCUUCCCAGGCUGAAGAGCAAGCCCUCUCCAUGGACUUCAAGACGCUGACAGAGGGAGACAGCCCCAGUCCCCAGUGACGGCCUUGGGUGAUCCUCCUGGUUCUGUGGGUUCUCGGAUAUCUUUCUGCUCCUCCCUGCAGAGCCUGAAACUUUAGGUUCAGGAGUGCCUGCCAGGCAGCGGUGUUAGUUUAGUGGGAUUCCAGGUUUUGGCUUUGUCCUUUGCUUUUCCUUCCUGCUUGCAGCUUCUGACGCAUCCUGUGAGCCACAUGUGGGCCCUGCCUGUACCCCCUGCUGCCCAUUCACGUGCAGAAAGCUUGGCCAGGAGGACUGAGGUCAAGCCUGGUCCUGAUCCUUAGGGGAGCUAACUCCACCCUCCAGGCAGCUGAUGCCUGGGGGGCCCCAGGGACUGGUGUGGAAAAGCCAAGCCUGCUGCUUGUGCAUUCAACCCAGGCGUCCCAGCAGCUCGGGAAGCACGCGUCUUGGCAGUAGAGCAAGUGAUACGAUGUGUAAAGUAUGCUGGCCUUCAGACUAAGGUUCCCCCAAAGGGUUGAUUCUGGCCCCUAAAGGAGCCAUUUGGCUUGGCCAAAGGUCUACACUGCCGCGGACCUUUCUGGUCUUUAACCCUUGAGCCUUAAAUAGGCUUUUCAGCGAAGGGACUAAGUGCUCAGAAUGCAAGUAUGUACCUGCCCUGGUGGAUGAGGGCAGGCUGCUGGCGGUGAGGGGCCUCCUGGCCGCCUGCUGCCCACCCGGGCAGUUCCUCCCUCCAACAGGGGCUGAGCCCUGGUUUCCUUCUGCAGGCCAGCCUGGGCAAGCCCUGGGAGAGCAGGUCGCAUACCUAGUGUCUUGCUCUCCAGGGGGGUUCUGGGUUGCCCCGACUUGGCUGAAGCAGCCCUGGAGGAUUAUUGUCCUCCCACACCUGGGUCCAUCUUCCCUGGACAAUAGGACUGAAGUGGAUAAAGGGAUGGGCCUGGUCUCCUGUGGUGUCUGCACACAGCUUCAACCCCUGCUGCCUGUUGUGUUGUUAGCUGAGUCACUGCUUGGCUUGAGUCUAGAUAUAAUGUGAUUAGAGCAUUGGUCUCAUGCUUCUUGGGCUUGGCAAAUGCUCUCUCCUCUCCAGGUCCUUGAAGAGCCUCACUGUUUGUGACAGACAUGGUUAACUUAACAAGGAGAUUAUCUGUUUCUGAAUCUGAUAAUUCCUUUAGGUCAAGAGGCCGGCCUUCUGUCAGAUUUCUUGUGUAACUGUGCUGCGGGUCUCUUUCUCCAGCAGUGGUGGAGCCCCCUCUCCCUGGGGCCCCAUCACCCUGGUUCCUCCAGCUCUCCAUUUUCAGGGAUGGUGGGUUUGCCUCCAGUUUCAAUUGCGUAUGCUGCAAGGAUAGGGAUCUUACUGAUUCUUUCAUCAGCUGGCACACUGAUAUAGUCAAAUGUUUACAUGUGGGAGACUUGUCUUUAGAUAAACCCUGAGUACCAUUGUUAAUCUCCCGUGCCAGACUAUACAGAAAACCAGAACGCAUCAAGAGCCUGUAAACUAGUCUUUCUGCCAAAGUGUAUGAUACAUGACUUAGGACCAAAGAAGGCCCCCAAGCAGAUGUGUGUGGUUUCUUGUGUUUGCCUGUGGCUGUCUCCUGUGACGUACCGUGUGUUGUUGGUGCAGCGGAUGAAUCAAUAAAUGUCUACAGCCGACCA